AUGCAGGAUCCAAUUGCUGUAUCGCUCAUAAUUGAUGGUGUCGACGUCCGCGCACCUUCCAAUGGCUGCGUAUUCGAGGCGAAUUGUUCCGUUGCCUCCCAAGAUGAUAAGAUUCUCAUCCAGGGUGCUGACCCGAACCUAUGUGUCUUGGCUGUUGAGUCUUGCUCGAGAGCCUUUCAGAAAUGGAAGAAGACAUCACCUGAGCGUCGAAGAAAGCUGCUUCAACGUUUAGCACAGUUGAUCCGCGACCGAGCCGAUGAGAUUCGAUCUCUCAUAGAAAGCGAGAUUGAUUCAUCUAGGCAAUGGUCAGAGAUCAAUCUAGAAGCCGCUCUAGACUUGGUAGAGGAGAUGGCUGCACUUGUCACCUCUGAGACCAUGGCAGGAAGUAUACCCGUGACGAACAAUAGGAAAGCGCAGCCUAUGAUUUUUAAGGAGCCACUGGGCGUAGUCUUAGGUAUUGCACCUUGGAAUUCGCCUUUGGUACUCGGUCUACGAGCAGUCGUUCCGCCUAUUGCAGCCGGUAAUACGGCUAUUCUAAAGGGAUCUGAACUUAGCCCAAGGAUCCAUUACUACAUCGCGAAAUUGUUUCAAGAGGCAGGAUUUCCACCUGGAGUUCUCAACUUCAUACUCCAUCGACCUCAGGAUGCCUCGUUGACAUUCGAAAGUAUGAUUAGCCACCCCGCGGUUCGAAAAUGCAAUUUUACCGGAUCAACCCCGGUAGGGAAGUUGAUUGCUUCUCGAGCUGCCGCCGUCCUGAAACCUGUUCUGCUGGAAUUGGGCGGUAAAAACUUUGCAAUUGUGAUGGAAGAUGCCGACUUGGACAAGGCAGCACAACUGAUCUUGGCAGGUGCCUUUCUAAAUAACGGCCAAAUAUGUAUGUCAACAGACAUUGUCCUCGUUUCACGGCCAAUAUUGCCAGAAUUCCGAGAAAGGCUACUGUCACUACUGGACAAUGCAAGUAGCGACGUUACAAAUGUAAUUACACAGAAGAGCUGCUCCCGACUUCAGUCUCUGCUUGAAGAUGCUGAGUCCAAAGGGGCCGUCCUAACAAAGGGAACAAACAAGAACAAGCCUCCGAUCCCUGCGACGCUUAUCGAGGGGCUAACACCAGAGAUGGACUUCUACCAUUCGGAAUCAUUUGGUCCAUUACUAGGUAUAAUGGCCUUCGAUAAAGACGAAGAGGCGUUGAGGAUCGUCAAUAGCUGCCCUUUUGGACUUUCUGCUGCGAUUUUCACCCGCAAUCAUUUUCAUGGCAUACAGUUAGCCAGGGAAUUGAACGAUGGAGCCAUUCAUAUUAAUGGCAGCACAGUACACGAUGAGGCGACGCUUCCACAUGGAGGACGUGGAGACAGCGGUUGGGGCCGUUUUGGCGCACACUGGGGGUUGCAAGAAUUCUUGCAGACUAAAACAAUUAUAUUGAACAGGUAGCAACAAUCAUCUCCUAUGCUUAGAG